AAGUUUUAUAAGAAUUUCGGACCCGAACGCUAGCGGAUCGUUCCCCUAAUCCCGCCGAGAAAUGUCGCUGGUGCCCACCACAUAUCGCGACCUGUCGCGCGAACUCGAUCGUCCCCGUCCGCUCUACCAGCCGCCGUAUGACUUCCAACUGUAUCCGUACUUGUGGGACGAUCCGCGUGUCUGGUGGCCGUCGCCGCACACCAGCAGGAGCGACCUGCUCCGGCCUCUGGAUGAGCUGGUGACGCGGCGCGUGCGGAACCAGUUGAUCCAAUCGACGCCCUACGAAUGGGCGCAUCCCAUGCGCUGGGACAACUACUACUCCGGCGAGCGAGUACAUGUGGACGAGAAGGGUUUCCGGGUCGACAUAGAUGUGCGGCAGUUUCAUCCGCACGAGAUCGUGGUCAAGACCAACGACGACUACGUGAUUGUCCAGGGCAACCACAAUCGCCGCAACGAGGGCUCCAACGGCCUGGUGGAGAGGCACUUCGUAAGGAAGUACCUCCUGCCACGCGGCUACAAUGCCAACGAGGUGAUCUCGGACAUAUCCAGCGAUGGCAUCCUCACCAUCAAGGCGCCACCGCCGCCGCCAGCCAAGUACUACACUCCCGGGGAGCGGUUGGUCCGCGUCCAUGAGACUGGCAAGCUGGCCCUGCCCUGGAAAUAGUCCACAGCGGUGUUUAGCAAGCCCACAGAUCCACCGUGAAAGCGCCUGACUCAAGGUGAACUAUUUUCGGACAGCAAGCAAGUGCAGCCGAUCAUUCGAAUUGGAUUCAAACAUAAAUAAAAUACAAAUUGUACUCGUAGGUAAUAUAUAAAGUGCGCAAUAAAUAUUUGCUAGGAA